AUUUUGUGUAGUUUAUGACUGUAGAGAAUCAGGCAUUUCGUCAGUUUCUCCUUCUCCUCGUACACAGCUUUGUUCGGCUCCAGAGGAGGAUGGGCGGCUCACUGCUGCUGCUUACAGGACUGAUGGUCAUCGCAGCUUGCUCUCACUUUCUCUGUGCGUCCGACAGUUGCGGUGAGGAGGUGGCUCGUCUGCAGGAGAAGCAGAGGCUUCUGCAGGGCCAGCUUCAGAAACAAGAACUCCUCCUACACAGACUGCACUUGCUAAACCAACCGGGCAACGCGGACACAGCCAGAGCCGAGCAGAGCCAGGACACCCAGUACACAGACUGCUCCCAGCUCUUCAGUUCCGGCUCCAAAUCCAGUGGUUUCUACACCAUCAAACCCCAAGGCAGCCCUCACCCAGUCAGAGUCUACUGUGAUAUGAGUGAUGGAGGCGGCUGGAUCGUCAUUCAGAGACGGAUCAAUGGAACACAGAGGUUUAACAGGUCGUGGGCAGAGUAUAAGGAUGGAUUUGGAGACAUGGAUGCAGAGUUUUGGCUCGGCAAUGACAACCUGCAUUACAUCACUACACAAGGGAAUUAUUCUCUGAGGAUUAACCUGGGAGACUUUGAUGGUUAUCAGCGCUAUGCCGAGUACAAGAACUUCAAAGUGGCCAAUGAAAAGGAUCACUACCGACUAACCUUUGGAACCUAUGUAGGUACAGCUGGAGAUGCUUUGUCUGGGACGGAUCAGGUUGGUGUGUCAGAGUGGGCCAGUCACCAGGACAUGAAAUUCAGCACCUACGACCAGGACAACGAUAACUACAAAGGGAACUGCGCACAGGAAGACAAAGGAGGCUGGUGGUUCAACAAGUGUCACUCAGCACAUCUCAAUGGCAUGUACUACCCCAAUGGGCACUACAGUGCGUUGACAGAUGAUGGUGUAGUUUGGUACACUUGGAGAGGAUGGUGGUACUCCCUGAAGACAAGCAUCAUGAAGCUGCGACCCAUCGACUUCAAAAUGGAUCCCAUCAACGAUCCCAAUGCUGUUCAGCACAGACUACCUUUCUAGAUCGCACAUGAGGAGAUAUCAAGUCUUCUUGGCGCCACUAUUUUGGGCAGAAACGGUUUCAUUAAUGUAUAUUAACUGGUGUGAAAUCAUAUUUCAAAUCCCCCCCUCCCCAAAAAAAACUAAAACACUAAUCCAAUUUUAUAAUCCUCUCAAAUCGGAUGACUUGUUCGCACACUUUAACAAUACAGAAAAAUCUUUAAAGACUUCAGUAGCUUAUAUAACAACGUACUUGUAAGAGGACUUGAAACCGUUUGCCUCUUUUUUAGUGACAUGAAUGUCGCAAGGGGAAGUAGCAUGCACACACAGCUGUCUAUUUUGGUGGAGAAAAGGGAAAUCUGUUGUUGUCAGUGUGUGCGCCAGACAAAGGCUGAAAGAUUAGACCAAAGGCGGUGAAAGGAGCCCUCAUCAUGUCAUUGAAAAUGGCAAACGAGAACUGAAAGUGUUCUUUUUAUGCAAUAAUAUAUGAUACAAGGAGCAGCUGAGCUCAGUACUGGAAGUUUGCCAAAAUGUUAUGAAGACUAGCAGAAAUGACCGGUGUAUCACAAACAGCUAAAAUAAAGGAAUGAUGUACAUAAAUGAAAACAAAGAAGAAGAUACAAGUGACAUAGGAUUAAAAGAAAAUCACAAAUAUAAAGGAUGAUUUUUAGGAUUUUAGUAGGCCAUACUCUGUACUUAAUCUCUCACUAUCACUUACAGGGUAUUUACAACUCCACUUGUGAACCAGCUAUAUUUUUUCUGCCAUUUGCAUUAUAACCAUAAUUCACAGAAUAAAACAAGGAAACACUUCCUCUUGUCCAUUGAAA